GUAGUGAUGUAAUAUGUCUCUCUCAACAGAAACGUCAUCAGCAUGUUUGCAACAGCGGAGGGUCUUUUAACACAGCAGGAUCACCUCAACUCUGACGGUCUGCAGGAAGUUUUUGCCACAAACCUGUUUGGUCAUUUUCUCCUGGUCAGGGAACUGGAGCCUCUGUUGUGUGAGGCGGGUCACACAUCACGUGUCGUGUGGACCUCUUCAAGUAACGCCCGCCGCACUGCCUUCAGCAUUGAGGAUAUCCAGCACAAAAAUGGGACUGAGCCCUACAGCUCCUCCAAGUAUGCCUCGGACAUGCUCAGUGUGGCCCUCAAUAGACACAAGAACAGUCAGGUUUGUUUUUGCACACGCGGCACUUGAACAUCACUGCAAACGCAUUAAAGCG